AUGACCUACCGCUGCGCCCGUAGCUCGCGGGUAUUCCUACCCUUCCUCUACCCCGCCUUGUUUUCCCCAACCAGCAACCCCAAUGCGUCCGCCGUCCCCAUCUUAACCCUCACCAUCAUCGACAGCCAACAAAAGCGCCACAACAGCCGCAGCACAAAAAGCAACCCUUCUUCACCGGACUAUGCGCCCUCCCGACUGAACCCCGAUCCAGACGACUACUCGACUCCACACUUCGCCGAUAAGGCCCGGCUGAAACUCCAGGCCGGUGACGGCGGGAAUGGGUGUAUCUCCUUUUUGCGCGAGCUCUUCCUGCCCGAGGGGCCACCGAAUGGAGGGGAUGGCGGGCAUGGAGGGAAUAUAUACAUCCAAGCUGUGCACGGCGAGACAUCGCUGCAUAAACUGGCGCGGAUGAGGACCAUUCGCGCGGGGAGGGGGAAAGCGGGGCAGGGGAGUUCGAGGGGCGGGACGAGGGGGGAGGAUGUGAUUAUUUCCGUGCCAGUUGGCACUGUUGUAAGGGAAUUGAGCCGCUAUGACCCCGAGGCUGAGUUCCGGUUCCUACGCAAGCGCUGGAAGAAGCGGAAGCAGGAAGAACAGCAACAGCUAGCCGAAGACCCCGAAGAAAUGGAAGACCCCGAACGCGACCGUUGGCUCCUCUACCCAGGCAUGUCCUCCUCCGAUCGCAAGCGCAUCGAACUUCCUCGUCUCCCCUGGCGCGACCGCCUCUUCGCUGCCCCACAGCCCCCCAUCCAUCUAGACCUCUCGCGCCCAACGCCGCGCCCCAUCCUCCUCGCCCCCGGCGGCUUAGGCGGCCUAGGUAAUCCGCACUUCGUCACCAAGGAAACCCCCCGCCCGAUGUAUGCUACCAAGGGUGAGCCGGGCAUGACGAUGGAGAUCGAGCUCGAGCUGAAACUCCUCGCCGAUGUUGGGUUGGUUGGGUUGCCUAAUGCAGGGAAGAGUACCCUCCUCCGUGCGGUAACGAAUAGUCGGACGCGGGUGGGCAAUUGGGCCUUUACCACACUGCAGCCUAACAUUGGGACGGUAGUGCUAGACAAUAACCGGGGGCGUCCCCUCUUAACCAGCUACCGCCGGGUCGGCGGCGGACCGCGCAACAAAGAGGAUGGUCCGUUCGCCUUUUCCGAUGGUACCAGUGCCGAGGCAGAGCCAGAGCUGGAGAGGCGCACGCGGUUUACCAUCGCGGAUAUCCCCGGCCUGAUUGAAGGGGCACAUCUGGACAAGGGACUGGGGAUUGCAUUUCUGAGGCAUGUCGAGCGCGCGGGCGUUCUGGCAUUUGUUUUAGACCUCAGCGCGGGGAAUGCCGUGGCAGCGCUCAAGGCGCUAUGGAAGGAGGUUGGACUCUAUGCGCAGAUGAGGGAAGAGGAAGAGCGGGCGAGGGAGAGGCAGAAGGUCAUCGACUGGAGCGCCGAGGCCGGUACCGACGCAACAGAUGAUACCUUCUGGCCGAGCCAGUUCUCGCACAUGAUAGUGGGAGGGGAGGACUUCUCGGUGAGCGCCAACAAACCCGGGGCGGGGGGCCUGCAUAUUGCGGGCAAACCGUGGUUUGUGGUGGCGACAAAGGGAGAUCUGCCGGGGACGCAGGAGAACUUCAUGGAGUUGAGGGAUUAUGUGCAUGCCAUUACGAGGGGGGACGAGCCGCAUCCGAGUGGGGUGGAGGGCGCCUGGACGAAGAAUGUUGAGGCGAUUCCUGGCAAAGGUCGCCGCGGCGGCGACCGCGACCGUGAUGGUGGCCAUAGACCGUACCAGUCUCAUCCGACUCUGAUCAGAGAGAAUGCGAAGCUGCAGGAGUACUACGACACGCUGCUGCAGCUGCCCGAGGAGGAGCGCGCCGAGUUCUGGGCCGCGCUGCGUCGCGACUUGCCCAACAGCUUCCGCUUCUGCGGCUCCAAGGGCCACGCCCUGGCCGUCAAGCGCCUGCUGCAGACACGCUACAUCCCCGAGAUCACGCGCAUCCAGUAUGAGGGACAGAAUGUCGACCCGCCCAAACCGGUCCCCUGGUAUCCCGAUGAGUUGGCUUGGUGGAUGACAACGCCGAAGAAUGUCGUCAGGAAGUUUCCGCCCUUCGCGGCCUUCCAGCGGUUCUUGGUCUCCGAGACCAGCGUCGGCAAUAUUAGCCGUCAAGAAGUUGUUAGCAUGAUCCCCCCGCUGCUGAUGGACGUCAAGCCGGGCAUGACCGUCCUCGACAUGUGCGCCGCCCCUGGCAGCAAGGCCGCCCAGCUUCUCGAGAUGAUCCAUCGCGGCGAGGAAGCCCGCAUCCGCAAGGUCAUGAAAUCCUUCCAGGGCGAGCCGAUCCCCUCCGACGAAGAAGAAGAUGAUCCCGCGGCCCGCCUCUCCGCCGACCCCGGCGACGACGGCCGCGCCACGGGCCUCCUUAUCGCCAACGAUGCCGAUUACAAGCGCAGCCACAUGCUCAUCCACCAGCUCAAGCGGCUCUCCUCCCCAAACAUGAUCGUCACCAACCACGACGCCACCAUGUACCCCUCCCUGCGCAUCCCCAACCCCACCAACCCUGACAAGCCGGCCUACCUCAAGUUCGACCGCAUCCUCGCCGACGUCCCAUGCUCGGGCGACGGCACCCUGCGCAAGAACAUCAACCUCUGGAAGGACUGGACGCCGGGUAACGCUUUGGGUCUGCACCUCACGCAAGUACGCAUCCUCGUCCGCGCUUUACAAAUGCUCAAGCCCGGCGGUCGUGUAGUUUACUCCACGUGCAGCAUGAACCCAGUCGAAAACGAGGCCGUCGUCGCGGCAGCCAUCGAGCGCUGCGGCGGCCCGGAUAAGAUCGAGAUCAUCGAUUGCAGCGAGGAGCUUCCCCUUCUGCGCCGCCGUCCCGGCAUGCGUCAGUGGAAGGUCAUGGACAAGUCUGGUCGGCUGUGGAGCUCGUGGGAUGAGGUCGAGGAGUAUACUCGUUCGCAGCCCGACGGGAUCGCGCCGGGAAGGUUGGUCGAGAGUAUGUUCCCUCGGCCGGAGACGAGCGAUUGCAAGGAUCUGCCGCUUGAGCGAUGCAUGCGGGUGUAUGCUCAUCUGCAGGAUACGGGUGGUUUCUUUAUCACGGCGCUGAGGAAGAAGGCGGAGUUUAAGGCCAAGCCGGAGGAGCCCAGGAGGGUGCAGCCUACGCAGGCGAGGGCUAUGGCCAAGGCCGCGGCUGCGGGGGAGAAGAGGCCUCUGGAGGGGGAGGAGGGGGGACAGGAGGUGAAGAAGGUGAGGUUGUCGGAGGAGCCGGUGAAGGCUGAGGAAGAGGCCGCUGCAGUUGAGACGCCGGUUGAGGCUGCAGUUGAGACACCAGCUGAGGCGGUCGAAACUCCUGUCGAGCCCGUCCCCGAAGCAGAAGUCAAGCCCGGAGCCGAAGCGCCUACUAACGGCGAAGCCGCCCAAACCUCCCAGUCCGCCCAACCCGAGCCAAAGCAACGCAAGCCCGACGGCCCCUACGAAGAACCUUUCAAAUACCUCCCGCCGACCCACGACGUAAUCCAAUCCGUAGCCACCUUCUAUUCCAUCUCCCCUCGCUUCCCCCUCGACCGCUUCAUGGUUCGCAACGCCCUCGGCGAGCCCGCCAAGGCGAUCUACUACACCUCGUCCCUGGUCCGCGACAUACUAACGCUCAACGAAGGCCGUGGCGUGAAGUUUGUGCACGGCGGCGUCAAGAUGUUCGUCAAGCAAGAAGCCCCCAGUGCCGAGGUUUGCAGGUGGAGGAUCCAGAGCGAGGGUAUGCCCAUUUUGCAUGGGUACGUAGGCGCUGAGAGGGUCGUUGUCUUGCGUAAAAAGGAGACGCUUCGUAAGCUCCUCGUGGAGAUGUUCCCCAAGAUUGGCGGCGACGAGUGGCGGCGCAUGGACGAGAUCGGCGAACGCGUGCGCGACCUGGGGCUGGGGUGCUGCGUGCUGAGGGUUGAGCCGGAUCCGGACCAGGGUGAGGAUUUUGGCGCCGAGGAGAUGGCGCUGCCGCUGUGGAAGAGUUUUCAGAGUCUGAAUCUGAUGCUGCCCAAGGAGGAUCGCUCCGCGAUGCUGUUGAGGAUUUUUAAUGAUACGACGCCGUUGGUUAAUAUGGGGAUCAAGAGGGAAAAGAAGGAGGAGGGGGCUGCUGAGGAAGGGAAGGUGGAUGAGGAGAUGAAGGAUGCGGUUGAGCAGGAGGCCGAGGCGGAUGCGGCGGAGAGCGUGAAGGGUGAGGAGGAGGGGGUUGGUGUUGCGGGGGAUGUCGAGGUGCCGGAUGCGCCGGCUGAAGGAGAGCAGAAACCUGCCGAGGCUACUGGUAGUGCCUAA